AUGUCCACUUACUCUUACCAGGACCAAUUAAAGAAAUUGCCCAUUCCAGAUUUGGAAGAAACGUGCAAGAACUACUUGAGCGUAUUAAGACCCCUUCAGACCGAAAAGGAAUAUGAGAGAACCGUGGAGGCGGUAUCCAAGUUCUUGAAGGAUGGAACGGGCAGCUACUUGGACUCGGAGUUGAGAACCUACGCGGAGACUAGAAACUCUUAUAUCGAGCAAUUCUGGUACGAUGCCUACUUGAACUACGAUUCGCCUGUGGUGUUGAACUUGAAUCCAUUCUUUCUUUUGGAAGAUGACCCUUUCUACAACGAGUCUACUUGUGUCAAUCCUCAGGUCAAGAGAGCAGUGACUUUGACUGUUUCGUCGUUGAAAUUCAUCCAGGCUUUGAAGAACGAGACUUUGCCUGUGGAUUUCCAGAGAAAUGGCAAGCCCCUUUGUAUGUACCAGUACUCCAAAUUGUUUGGUGCGUCUAGAAUCCCUAAUGAGGACGGAUGUGUCAUGCAAUCAGACCCCAACUCCAACCACAUCAUUGUUAUGUCAAAAUCCCAGUUUUAUUGGUUUGAUGUGUUGGAUAAGAACAACAAUUUGAUCAUGCUGGAGCAGGACUUGAUCAUUAACUUCACUUCCAUCAUCCAGGACUCACUUAAGACCCCUAGAAACGAAAUCGCAAAGUCUUCGUUUGGUGUGUUAACCACAGAAAACAGAAGAAUCUGGGCCAAGAUCAGAAGCUCGUCCACCAUUGUUGACAACCCCAACAAUAGCGAGAUUUUGUCCAUCAUCGACUCCGCUCUUUUUGUAAUUUGCUUGGACGACCUCGUGUUGAACGAUUUGAGUGACCUUUCUAAGAAUAUGUUGUGCGGUUUGUCUAUUCUUGACAAGGGUGUCCAGGUGGGAACUUGUACUAACAGAUGGUACGAUAAGUUGCAGAUCAUCAUCACUCAAAAUGGAAAGGCUGGUAUCAAUUUCGAGCACACUGGUGUCGACGGCCACACGGUGUUGAGAUAUGUCAGUGACGUUUACACCGACUCUAUUCUUUCAUUUGCACAGACCAUUAACUCAAACGCUCCAACUUUGUGGAAGGAUGGCUCGACCAAAGGUGUCAAUGAGGUCCAAAGUGAUCUUGUAACCAUUCCUAGAAAGUUGGAAUGGGACUUAACUCCAGACUUGUCGCUUGCUUUAAGAUUUGGUGAGACCAGAUUGUCUGACUUGAUCAACCAAAACGAGUUUAAGCACUUGGAAUUCAAGAGCUACGGUUCUUCCACGAUCAAGAAAAUGAAGUUUAGUCCUGAUGCGUUUGUCCAAAUGGCCUUCCAGGCCACCUACUACGCACUUUAUGGUAAGGUCGAAUGUACUUACGAGCCAGCCAUGACCAAGAACUUCUUCCACGGAAGAACUGAGGCCAUCCGUACUGUGAGUCAAGAAUCCAACUUAUUCGUUCGUAAGUUCUUUGACCCCACCAUGCCUGCCAACGAGAAGUUAAAGUAUCUCUCGGACGCUUGCGUGAAGCAUUCUGAGCAGACCAGAAGAUGCUCCAAUGGUCAGGGUGUGGACAGACACUUGUAUGCUUUGUUCUGUAUCUGGAAAAGAUAUGUUGCAGAGUUUGAAGACAACUAUGAGGCUCCAGAAAUGAAGAACGAUGACACCAUCACCAACCACGAAAUUUCGAGCAGCUCCUCUGACAGCACUGUCGGCGGUAACAAUCAACUGAACUUAAAGUUCGAGUUGAAGCACUUGCCUGAAAUCUUUGCUGAUGCUGGAUGGGACAAGUUGAAUAACACAAUUAUCUCCACCUCCAACUGUGGUAAUCCCUCGUUGAGACUUUUUGGUUUUGGUCCAGUUAGUGCCAACGGGUUUGGUAUUGGAUACAUUAUCAAAGACGACUCCAUCUCUAUUUGUGCAUCUUCUAAGCACAGACAGACGAGCAGAUUUCUUGUGACUUUGGAGUCUUACUUCAACGAGGUUUACAGAAUCUUCAAGGAAGUCAACGACGUUCAGGAACCACAUGCUCCUAUUGACACCAAGAUCAGAGACAACGGCUACUCUAACGUCAAGCCAAAUGUUCUUGUGAAGCCUGUCCCUGUCAAGAGCGACACCUUGAACACCUUGUUGGGUGGUUAUGGCUACUUUGACAUGGGAGAUGACCAGAUCAAGUCAAGGGGCCAGUCGCCAGAACUUCCAUUCAUGCCUCGUUUGGACAGCACAUUCUCCCUCAGAGACAUCGAGAAGAAAUUGAGAUUGUCUGAAUACUAA